AUGCUCAGGUUUGGCCUCUCUCCUUCCGUGCAGGAAGGCGAGCGGUUUGUGAGCCUCGAAUCGUCGAGUGCUAUCUCGCGGGAGCUCCACACCUUGCGACGGGAGAAUGUAGAGCUCCGCGAUAAGUAUGAUCAGCUUCGGCGGGACUUCCAGGAUCUGUGUGCGCACCUCGGUGUCGAAGGACCGGGUGGCUCCCGCAGCCAUCACGCUGUCCGGGCAAGCCGACAAUCCCAGGCCGAGGGUGUCGACAUCGGUGCAGGGAAUGAGAUCGAGGCGGGAGAGCGAUCCGAGCACUAUCCAUCGUUGUUCGACGAUGAUGUCAACAUGGAUGAUGACCCGGUAGUUCCCAGCACCGGCGUGACUUCUGGGCAACCCGAGACGGCCCAGGCCGAAGGUUUCUAUGUGGGGUCGGCGGAGUUACCGAAGAUGUCAGAGGGCUCCGGCGGGAGUCACUCGGGAAGUGUGACGCCUCAUUCUGAGACGGCGACUUCCCCACGACCUGUCCCCGAGAGCCCCGAUGUGUCCGGCGCAUCCGGGAAGUCACCGGGCAUUGCUGACGACGAGUCUGGGCAGGGUCAGCUGCCCGGUCAGGCUCAACAAACACCGGGUGAUGGAUCCGAGGACGCUCGCCUUGCGCUCGGACCAGAUCGCUUGAGCGUCACCCCGCCGCCGCAACCGUCCGAGGCACCUCCCCCACUUCCUGUUGCCCUCGGCGAGAUCUCGGGCGACACACCCAAUAGCGAUAGGGAAGAGGAAGGCGGGGUGGGUGCAUACAUUGAGCGGAACGUCAACGACUCUCAAAGAACCGUGCCCGAAUCCACCCAAGCAUCGAUCCCCGCAACGCCCGAUGCGGAGGCCGCAUGCGAGGACAUCUCACAUUCACAGAAUGUGAAGGUCCCAGGAACCGGUGCAAUCUCUGGCGACGCAUCGGGUGGGGCAACACCCCAGGACACCACAGUGCCGACUGCUACCACCGCGGAUCCCGCCCACGUCGACGACCCUCCCGAGUCAAGGGGUGAGGCAGAGGGUACAAACCCUCAGGUCACCAGCUUGGUCCAGUCGAAGUCGGCGGACGAGGGCAGCAGCCAGGAGACACCGUCGCAGUUGGCCCCUGGCGAGGAAACGGUCAGCGACCGGGCUCAGGGUAGCGGGUCGCCAACGCUCCCCGGGUGGACGACUUUGAACGAGGCGACUGUGCAGUCGGGCAGUGGACAAGAAGGGAAGGAAGUUGUGUAUCCGGCGGGGUCGGGCGCCGAGAAGUUGUAA